AUGAAACAUUUAAAAUUCAUAUCUAGAACUGUGUUAGUGCGUAAUGAAAAUGUUGAUGAAGCGUGUCGAAUAUUGAAUCGUAUUAUGGGCUCUGAGGGAUUUUUGGACCAAUACAGACGUACCAGAUAUUAUGAAAAACCAACGCAAAUGAGACGGCGAAUUAAUUACGAAAAGUGUAAAGCUGUUUAUGAUGAAGAUAUGAAGCGGAAAAUUAAUUUCGUUCUACGUAAGAAUCGACCAGAGCCAUUUCCUGGAUGUUAUUAA